AUGGCGGCCGCAGCGGUUGGUGAAGCAUUUCUGUCUGCUUUCAUUGAAGUUGUUCUCGACAAGCUUGCUUCUCCUCAGGUUGCUAACUUUAUCAUAGGAAAGAAAGUUGACGUCAGUUUGGUUCAAAGGUUGAACAACACUCUUUUUGCUGUUGAAGCUGUGCUUAAUGAUGCUGAACACAAACAGAUCAAUGAUUCUGCUGUUAACAAAUGGCUUGAUGAUCUCAAAGAUGCUCUCUAUGUUGCUGAUGACCUUCUCGACCACAUCUCUACCAAAGCUGCUCUUUCCAACAACAACAAGAAGGUCAGUACUGUUAACUAUUUCUCUCGCCUUUUCAACUUUGAGGAAAGGGAUAUGGUUUGUAAGCUGGAAGAUAUAGUUGCUAGGCUCGAAUACAUUCUUAAAUAUAAAGAUAUUCUUGGCCUUCAACAUAUUGCAACUAACCACUCUUCUUGGAGAACUCCAUCAACCUCUCUAGAUUACCCAUCUAACAUAUUUGGUAGGGAUCAAGACAAACAGGCCAUACUCAAAUUACUCUUGGACGAUGAUGAUUAUGAUAACAUUUCUGUGAUCCCCAUAGUUGGCAUGGGUGGGGUGGGAAAAACUACUUUAGCCCAAUCUGUGUUCAACCAUGAUAGUAUAAAGCAGAAAUUUGAUGUUCGAGCAUGGGUUUGUGUUUCUGAUGAUUUUGAUGAACUCAAGGUAACCAAGACCAUCUUAGAGGCAGUGGCAGGGAGUUCUUGUAAUAUAAAUAACAAAGAGUUACUUCAUCUUGAUUUGAAGGAAAGACUCUCUCAAAAAAUGUUCUUGAUUGUUUUGGAUGAUGUAUGGACUGAAGAUUAUGACAGUUGGAACUCUCUUAUAAGGCCUCUUCAAUAUGGAAAUAAGGGAAGUAAAAUUCUUGUAACAACCCGUAUUGAUAAAGUUGCUUCUAUGGUCCAAACUUUUCAUGCUUACCCUCUUCGGCAAUUGUCUGAUGAAGAUUGUUGGUCUGUGUUUGCAAACCAUGCAUGUCUUCCUCAACAAGAUUCCAAUGAGUAUAUGGAUCUCCAAAAGACUGGCAAAGAGAUUGUUAAGAAAUGUAAAGGAUUGCCUUUAGCAGCACAAUCACUUGGGGGCUUGUUGCGACGAAAACAUGAUAUUAGGGAUUGGAAUAAUAUACUAAAUAGUAACAUUUGGGAAAACGAGAGUAAGAUUAUUCCAGCACUAAAAAUUAGUUAUCAUUAUCUCCCUACCUAUUUGAAACGUUGCUUUGUAUAUUGUUCCUUGUAUCCUAAGGAUUAUCAAUUUAAUGAAGACGAUUUGAUUUUGUUGUGGAUGGCUGAAGAUCUUUUACCGUCUCUAAAGAAUGGGAAAACUUUACAAGAAGUUGGUUACGAGUAUUUUAAUGACUUAGCUUCAAGAUCCUUUUUUCAACGUUCUGGAAGUGGGAACCAAUACCAGUGUUUUGUGAUGCAUGAUCUGGUGCAUGAUUUAGCAACAUUGCUUGGUGGAGAAUUCUAUUUUAGAACAGAAGAACUUGAGAAAGAAACCAAGAUCAGUACCAAGACUCGCCAUUUAUCAUUUAUUGAGUUUAGUGAUCCUGUCUUGGAAAACUAUGAUGUUUUCAGCAGAGCAAAAAACCUUAGGACGUUUAUGACAAACGGUUUUAGACUUCCUCGAGUCAACCAUGAAAAGGCACUAUGCAUGAUUUUGGAAAAUUUGAAGUGUUUAAGAGUUUUGUCGUUUCAAUUACUUUUACAUGUUCACACAUUGCCUGAUUCAGUCGAUGAACUGAUCCAUUUGCGUUAUUUGGACCUCUCUGGCACAGAUAUACAGACAUUGCCGGAGUCAUUGUGUAAUCUGUAUAAUCUACAAACGUUGAAGUUGUAUAAUUGUGUACAACUAACCAUGCUUCCCAAUGACAUGCAAAAUCUUGUAAAUUUGUGCCAUCUUGAUAUUCUUGGAACUAAGUUAGAAGAGAUGCCUAAAGAAAUGAGCAAAUUAACUCAUUUGCAACAUCUGAGUUGCUUUGUUGUGGGCAAGCAUGAAAAGAAUGGGAUCAAGGAAUUGGGAACACUUUCAAAUCUUCAUGGAUCACUUGUUAUUAGUAAAUUGGAGAAUGUUACCAACAGCUUGGAAGCAUCAAAGACGCAUAUCAUGGAUAAGAAGUACCUUGAUGAAUUAUCGUUUAAAUGGUCUAAAGACGCAAAGAACCAUUUUACAUAUUCACAGAGUGAGAUGGAUAUACUUGGCAAGUUACAGCCCGCCAAGAACUUGAAAAGGCUAUAUAUAUGUGGAUACAGAGGUACGAGAUUUCCAGAAUGGAUUGGAGAUCCUUCCUACCACAAUUUGACCGAGUUAUCCUUGUAUCGUUGUCAUAAUUGUUGCAUCCUUCCACCACUUGGACAAUUACGCUCUCUCAAGGACUUGAAAAUCCGUGCAAUGAGUAUGCUGGAGACUAUUGGAUCUGAAUAUGGUGAUUCCUUUUCAGGAAUCCUCUUUCCCUCUCUUGAACGUCUGGAGUUUUGUGAGAUGCCAUGUUGGGAAGUGUGGCAUCAUUCUCAUGAGUCAGAUGUUUCAUUUCCUGUAUUAAAAUCUCUUGUGAUUAAUGAUUGUCCUAGAUUGCAUGGAGGUUUCCCAUCUCAUCUUCCUGCCAUACGCAAGUUAGACAUAAUUGAAAGCAAUAAAGUAGCCUUGCAUGAACUACCCAUAUCAUUGGAAGAAUUAAUAAUUCAAGGAAGGGAAGUGACUGAGUCCGUCUUUGAAGCCAUUACCACCAGCCUAACAUCUCUUCAAAUUUUAGAUAUCAGUGACUGUUCAUCUGCAAUAUCAUUUCCGGGAGAUUGUUUACCCCUAUCCUUAAAGACGCUGUCCAUCAGAAAUUCAAGUAAUCUAAAAUUUCCAAAGCAAAACCACCAACAUGAGUCACUUCAGUCUUUGAGGAUAGAUGGAAGUUGUGAUUCUCUCACAACCCUCCCACUGGAUAUCCUUCCAAACCUCAUUUAUCUUCGAAUCUAUAAUUGUAGAAACAUAGAAUGCCUUUCAGCUUCGAAAAUUCUUCCAAAUCUCAUUGAUAUUGAUAUCAGAGACUGCCCUAAAUUUGUAUCAUUCCCAAGAGAAGGAUUGUCUGCGCCCAGCUUGACAUCUUUGUCUGUCACCCGCUGCCUUAAUUUAAAGUCAUUGCCUUGUCACAUAAAUACUCUUCUUCCAAAGUUAAAAGAGAUGUACAUAUCUGAUUGCCCAGAGAUGGAAACAUUUCCUGAAGGUGGUAUGCCACCUAGCUUGAAAUCACUUGAUGUUGAAGAUUGCGAGAAAUUAUUGAGGAACCCAUCUCUAUCUUUCUUUGACAUGCUUUCCUCUCUUUCAAUUGGAGGUCUAUAUGAUGCUGUUGAGUCCUUUCCUAACAAUGGUUUUGCAUUGCUUCCUCCCUCCCUUACCUAUCUACAUCUUUCGAGAAUGUAUUGUGUGCACACGUUGGACUGCAGAGGGCUUCUCCACCUGACGUCUCUCCAACGAUUAACAAUUGGAUUUUGCCCAAAGUUGGAGAAUAUGACGGGAGAGAGACUGCCUGCUUCUCUAAUAGAACUUGAUAUUUAUAGUUGUCCUCUGUUGGGAGAACGAUGCCUCAAAAAACAUUCUCAAAUUUGGCACAAAAUUUCACACAUCCAAUACAUUAACGUUGACAGCAAAUGGAUUUAUGAAGCUCAAACUUGA